AUGAAAGAAAACAUGGCCCAGGAGAGCAGCGUACAGGAACAGGGAGUGACAUCCAGCACCAGUGACAGUGAAAGCAGUUCCAAAGGACAAGAGGAUGCUAUUUUGUCCUAUGAGCCAGUGACACGGCAAGAAAUCCACUACGCAAGGCCUGUCAUCAUCCUGGGCCCAGUGAAGGACGGAGUCAACGCUGACCUGAUCUCGGAGUUCCCGCAUAAAUUUGGACCCUGUGUACCACGUACUACCCGGCCUCGGCGUGAUAGUGAAGUGGAUGGACAAGACGACCACUCUGUGGUCUCCCGAGAACAGAUGGAGAAGGAUAUUCAGGACAACAAGUUCGUCGAGGCAGGCCAGUCCAACGAUCAUCUCUACGGGGCCAGCGUCCAGUCAGUGAGGGCACUUGCAGAGAGGGGCAAGCACUGCAUCUUAGAUGUUUCUGGCGACGCUAUCAAGAGGCUGCAGCAGUCACAACUUUACCCCAUUGCCACUUUCAUCACGCCCAAGUCCAUUGGAGCGCUUAUGGAAAUAAACCGACGGCAGACAUAUGAACAAGCAAAUAGGAUCUGUGACAAAGCCGUGAAACUGGAGCAGGAGUUUGGAGAACCCUUCACAGCCAUUGUACAGGGUGACUCACUGGAAGAGAUUUAUAACAAAAUCAAACAAAUCAUUGAGGACCAGUCUGGGCGCUACAUUUGGGUCCCAAUCCCCUGA